CCGCGCGGUGACGCCAUCGGCGCGCGCGGCGGCGGCGGAGGCCCCCGCGCGGCGGCCAUGAGGCGGCCCAACGUGCUGAUCACCGGCACGCCGGGAGUCGGCAAAACCACGCUGGGCAAGGAGCUGGCGUCCAGAGCGGGGCUGAGCUACGUCAACGUGGGCGACCUGGCCAAGGAAGGAGAGCUCUACGAAGGCUUUGAUGAGGAGUACAACUGCCCCAUCCUGGAUGAGGACAGGGUGGUGGACGAGCUGGAGCCCCGCAUGGGGCAGGGCGGCGUGAUCGUGGACUACCACGGCUGUGACUUCUUCCCCGAGCGCUGGUUCCACGUGGUGCUGGUGCUGCGCGCCGACAACGGCUGCCUGUACGACCGGCUGCGCAGCAGGGGCUACACGGGCAAGAAGCUGCAGGACAACAUCCAGUGCGAAAUAUUUCAGACUCUGUAUGAGGAGGCUGUGCUGUCCUAUAAAAAGGAAAUUGUGCACCAGCUACCCAGCAACACUCCAGAGGACCUGGAGAGAAAUUUGGAUCAGAUUAUGCAAUGGAUUGAGCAAUGGAUGAAGGACAACAACUGACUUGUGGUGAAACAUCUUCCCCACCCCCUGUCCCAGUCAGGGGAAGAGGCCGUGUGAGGACAGACCCGCAGGGAUCCCCGGUGGUCUCGGGUGCAGCAGGAUCUGCUCUGGCUGCUGUUAGAGCCUGGGCCCCAGGGGGCAGGGCUGCACAAGGAACAGGAAACCUGUCCUCAGAGAAAAGCUGCCUGGAAGGAAAGCCUUGUGCAACAUUCUGUAGGAAGUGCUUGCUUACAAACCCUUUGUGUACACCAGUUUGGGUAGUAAAACAACUUUCCUGAAAAA